GUUAUUAAUUGACUUUUAUCGAUUCUAUAUAGUUUCUUUUAACAUUUUAUCGAACGUUUCGAACUCCAAGUGUCUUAAACUGUCUCGCAACAAGUGUUUCAUGAUCCUCUACUUCGACGGAUUCUAGAGCCACAUGGUGUCAUCCAAAGGAUUAUUUUCGAACUAAGAAGCUAUCGUUGGAAGCUUAUAGCUUGAAGAUUCAACUCGUAUUUCGUAUCGAUAUUGGCUUCGUUUCUAUUCAAGGAUAAAGAAUGAUGCCGCAAAAAUAGCUCCUUAAGUUGUGCCCGAAUUUAUGUACAUCGGAUCUGAAUAUUAUUGAUUUACGUUUUCGUCCGGUUUGCUGCUUGUCUCCAGAACGUUAUACGACGGAGUUUAGCGCUGAUUUAUCAUCGAGUUUCCUUCAUCUUGGCGACGCGACGACGGUUCCAGACCCUCUGCUCGUCUUCUGAACUACUAUGGAGAUCGAGGAAAUCGUUUGCGAAGCUUGUCACGAAUCAAUCUUGCGUCCGGGUCCGUUGCAUACUGCCGCAGCCGAUACCAAAUCCACCGAUGGUCCGUUGUAUGUGACGUGCGGUCACCUGUAUCAUCAGAAGUGUGGAUAUAAGCUGUGCAAAGAAUCCACCAUUGUAAACGAGUACAACAUUAGGGUAGCGCAAUGCAAGCACCCUGGAUGCACUAAACGCUUCGGGGAAAAUCAGUUUUCCCUCAUCGAGUUCACGACCCGACCGCAAUGUACAACUCAGCCGCCGGCAGAUUCGCAGGUGACGUUGCUUCAAGUUCAGAAUCAGCUCAGAGUAGCAACCGAUAUGAGUUCCAGGGUAACGAAAAAGGCGGUCGAUUUGGCCAACGAAGUGAACACGUUGAAAGCUCGAAAUAAACAACUCGAAGUCGAGCUGAAAUCCAGCGAAAGUAGAUACAGCAUGUUGAUGGAUCAACGUGUCGCGACUUUGUUGGAUACAAAUACCGGACCUGAUGAGAUUACUACGCCGAUGAUGCAUCGUCAAACGGUACCGUCGUCGUCUCCGAAGCAGCAGCAGCAGCAGCGGCUGCAGCAACAACAACAACAGCAGCAGCAACCUAUUGGACGACAACAACAGUCGCCACAACAAACAAUCGCCUCUGACGCUGGAAAAGUAAACGAACCUAAACAUCAAUCGCAGUUACAUCGAGUAAAUCCGGAGCAGAGCCCUCAAGUACCAUACUCGAAUACGAGUCAAAAAUCCAGCCGUCGUAGCGAAUUGUCCGACAACGACGGAAGCGUAUCUACAAACGGAGGCUCGAGAUCGUCGAAAAUAUAUAAACCAACGUACCAGCAAACAGCCCAUUCCGCUGCUCAACCUAGGAAAAAACGUAAUACAGGCGUUGAAGAGGAAAAUUCCCACUACGAAUACUCGAGACGCUUCGGCACGAAAUCCUACGAGCUACGUCCGUGGUAUCCGACGAAUUUCUAUCCCGAAUAUUACACAGUAGCUGCUCGCCAAACGAUGAAAAACGUGUACAAAAAGGUGAUUUUCGCUUAUAAUAUUUUGAUCAUAGGCGACGGACACGCGAAUGGCAUCGCCGAAUUCAUACUAAGUGGUAGGAAUUUUCAAAACGACAUCGAUACAGAUAUUUACCGACGUAAUAUGUCAAUCAAAAACCUAAUCGAGACGCUCAAAGGACUGAACAGGAUACCCGAACGUAUAAUGAUUUCGAUUGGAAAUUUCGACGUGGCUCAAAAAAUGCCACGAACCAUAUUCUACGACCACAUGGUGGAGCUGGCGCAAUUGUUGUCGUAUCACAAAGUUAAAGAACUUUUCUUCCUUCCUCUCAUCAAAUAUCCGCCGCCUCAGAACGAAGAAGCUUACGAGGCUAUUUCGGCAGUUUUUGAUAACGACUGGGGACAACCAAGCCAUGCGAAAUAUGUUCCUGCCGUACCUGCGUUCGGAGAUUUGGAUAAUUAUACGCCAUCGGUUGACAAAUUCGGUCCAUUUUACGCGAAGGAGCAAUACGCCAGUUCGGUAAACAAGCUUCGCGAAUUGUACGUACCGAUUCCGGCUAGAGUACAGGUUAAAUACAACGUGCCAAUGCCUCCGCCGGAGAAUGUUCCGCAGCUAGCUUACAAACAUUGUAGUGUCGGGAAGCUGGAGCCAGUAAACGGUGCGAGAACCCUUUCAAGCCCAAAAGCAUCGACCGGUCGAAAGAAAUGGUGAACAGGUGGUCCUAAAUGAACGAAGGAAAAAGGAAAAAAAUUGUACCUUUUUCAUUACUUUUUCAAUUAUGGUCCAAAAGCAAGACUUUUGACGAGUGAAAAAUUUGUUUUAAAUGUGACAGUUUAUGUAUAGUUCGGUACAUGAGAAUUAGGAAUAAUUAUACCCCCCCCUCUCCUUCCCUCCGAUCCUCUGCAACAAAUUUUUUCUUCAAGGGAAUAUCCUAAGGAACAUUGUGAAGCAUACUUGCCAAAACAAGAUUGGCCCUACUAACAAAACGACGGCCAUUUUGAUUGAUAGCCCAGCUGAAAUCGCAAAUUUUGCUUUCCAGCAUAAGACCGCACGAAGUUUCUCGAACUUGCAAAAAUUCGUCAUCACGAAGAAUUUCAAGUGCUGAAGCGCAUCCUUUGAUUUUUGGUGAAUUUUUAAAAAUCAAAUUUAUGUAAAAAAAAGUGAAAAAAAAAUCAAAAUUUGACCUAAUUGCCCCAGAGAACUGAAAUGUGUGAUAUACCCUAUUUUUGACCUGUCAAAUCGAUUGGAAAGUGUUUCAAACCGUUUUGAGCAGUUCUGGAGCCUCUAGUAGAUUUUUGAAACUUGAAAUUUCCUCUUAAUGAAGUUGGAAAUGCGAAAUAAUUCACUCUGCACUCCAACUUGAACGCGCUGUUGAGUUGACUGCUGGUAGAUUUCAACUUUCAAGUCUUUUUUCAGCCUCCAGCUACUUUUUGGGAAUUUCUGUACAGCGUGAAUUUCAGCUUUCCGAUCUCAUUUGGUAAAAUUUUGUGGAAAUUUCAAGUUUCAAAAAUCUGCUACAGGCUCCAGACUGCAUAAAAUUUCAAGAUUUUUGCAAAAUUGGCCAUAGUUUUUCAUUCUUUUAAAAAAAGUACUAUUGUAAAAAUUUGUUACGUACUGACCAAAAUUUUUAGGCUUUGAACCCCCCACCCCCACCCCUCCUGCCCCUUCAAUUUCCAAUUUUUGAAAUUUAUUGUAAAAAUAAAAUAAAAAAUAGAAUAAACUACUCAAAACAGUUUGAAACCGUUUUCAAUCGAUUUGGCAGGUCGAAAUAGGGUAUAUCAAAAAAUUUCAGCUUUCUAGGUCAAUUUGGUAAAAUUUUGAUUUUUUUCUCACUGUUAUCUUGAAUUGGACUUUCUAAAAUGCACUUCAGCGCUUCAAAUUUUGACUGAUGAUGAAUUUUUGUAUCCUCCUUCCUGAAACGCAGAAUCUGCGAGUUAGACUGGUCUGUUGAUCAAAAUGACCGUCUUUUCGUUAGUAGGGCCAACUUUUUUUUCAGCGAUUUUGUUUCAAAAUGUUCCUUAGGAUGUUCCCUUGAAGAAAAAAGUGGUCGCAGAGGAUUGGAGAGGGGAGUAUAAUUAUUCCUGUUGACUUUUUUUUUUUUUUUUUUUUUUUUUAAGGAAAAAAACAAUCGAAUAAAAACAUUUUAAAGACAAUUUUUGAUUUGAAAAAAAAAAGACUUUUAGUUAUUAAACAUUUUUUUAAAGUGUUCCAAUGAAAAGGGUUGGAGGUCGAGUCAAAAUUUAUCCGAGAGAAAAUACCUUUAGGUCAAAAUUUCUCGGCAAGCAAUGUUUUUUUGUAACAGAAAAUCAGAUCUUUAGUGAGAUUUUUUUCGACUAUGAAUUUUGAUUAUUCGUAUACUUAUUUUGAAAUGAAAUAUUUCGAGUGAUAGAACUAAAUUGGCUGGACUUCUCUGAAUUGGAAAUAUUUUUUAUUUUAUAUUUUUAAUGUUUUAUGAUUUUUUAUGCCACAGGCAUUUAACGUAAAUAAGAAGAUGAACUGUUGUUAUUUUCGUAGUUGAUUAUAAUUUUGUUUUUCAGUUGUUUA